AAAGAAAAAAAAUAGGAGGGCUGCACAAGUUUGAGAUCUGAGCACAGAGAAAAGUUACAGCAGAUCAGCGCUGAGAUGGAAAUGCAGCUUCCACCUCACGAGGGAGGCGAGCUGUCUGUGGUCGACAUGCACACCGGUGGAGAGCCUUUGCGGAUCAUCCUCAGUGGCUACCCAGAGGUCAAAGGCGACAGCGUGCUUUCCAAACGUCGCUACGUCCGGGAACAUCUGGACCACCUCAGGAGGGUGCUGAUGUAUGAACCGCGAGGACACUACGACAUGUACGGGGCCCUGAUCGUGGACAGCGAGUUACCCGAGGCCGACCUGGCGGUGCUGUUCAUGCACAACGAGGGCUACAGCACCAUGUGCGGCCACGCCGUCAUCGCACUGGGACGCUUCGCUGUGGACUACAAACUAGUGAAAGAGCCGAAGUCGCCAGAGACACAAGUGAACAUCCACUGUCCCUGUGGCCUGGUGAAGGCCUUUGUUGAGUACUCUGAGGGGAAAACAGGAGGAGUGAGGUUUCACAGCGUGCCAGCGUUUGCAUUUGCUACAGAUGUGACAGUGUUGGUGGAGGGGUUUGGUGAAGUAACGGUUGACAUCAGCUACGGAGGAGCCUUUUAUGCCUUUGUGAAUGCCCAGAGGUUUGGUCUGGAUGUGUCCAAGUCCAGGACUCGGGAUCUUGUCGACACAGCCACAGCUGUGACCAGAGCUGUCAAAUCUCAGGUGAAGUUGCAUCAUCCAGCCAGCGAUGAUCUGGCCUUCCUGUAUGGCACCAUACUAACAGACGGGAAAGACGAUUACUCCCCUGAACCCACCGCCAAUAUCUGUGUGUUUGCUAAAGCUCAGGUAGACCGAAGCCCGACUGGUUCUGGUGUCACGGCUCGAGUAGCUCUUCAGUAUCACAAAGGUCUCAUCCAGCUGAACCAGACCAGGACGUUCCAGAGUGGGGCCACUGGGUCCCAGUUCACAGGAAAGGCUGUUGAGGAGACCAAGUGUGGAGACUUCAAGGCUGUAGUGGUGGAAGUUGCUGGCAGAGCUUUUUACACUGGAGUUUCAAGCUUUGUGCAGGAGGCAGAUGACAAGCUGACACAUGGUUUCCUGCUGAAGUAAGCAAGACGUAUAGGUUUUCUAUACAAAAGCAAAUUAAAACAGAGGUUAUAUGGUGGUUUUUAAUAAGACAAAAACACAUUUUAUGAAUAGAAAAUGUUUAGGUGGCCAAGACUUGGAUCUGUAAUGAAGAAAAUAAGACCUUAUUUUCUUCUGGCCUGGUUUACCUGAGUAAUAAAUGAAGAAAUAGUUUUCCUUACCUGUUUUAAGAAAAACAAAAACUAUUAUACAUCUUGUGACUCUUUAAAUUGUCCUAAAUUAUAUUUAAUAGAUUAGCAAAGUACAUAACUAACUCUUAGAGACUGCGAGGAGCUCAGUCACUGGUACUCUUCUUCAUCUGGCUUGGUAACACCUCAGCAUCCCCCCAAGAGAGCUGGACGAGGGGUUAGAGAGAGGAAGGUUUGGGUUUCUUUGCUUUGCUUAGACCCUGCCCCAGAGAAGCAGUAGAAAAUGGAUGGAUGGUUAUAACUAAAGAUAAAAUCUGAAGAACAGCUAAAUGGAAGUGUACUGCCAUUCAGAUAUCUACUAAAAUAUUCUUGAUAGUGAACUUUGAUUGUAUAUGAUAAUAAACAUAAAUAUGUUAUCGUGUAUGACUGAAUGUAAAAAGGGAUUUUUGCUUUGAUGAUUUGAAGUGUACAUUAA